AUGUUUGGUGCUUUCAGACCCUCUGCCAUUGCCCAAGGUGGCUUACUUUGGAAAAAUCCUUUCCGCAUGUCAAACACCAGAAAAGCCAAUGUGCGUAAGAGACUUAGAGCCGUUGAUAGUGUUAUUGCAGCAGUUGCCGAAUCCGGCGUAAAGUGUAAAGCCUUGGAUGAAGCUCUUGCUCUUCCCAAGGAAUCCGAAAUGCUUGCCAGAGAGAAAUACACAGUUUUCAGUCGUGCUGCAGCAGGUUAUCGUAAAUCAAUUCACAAGGUGCCAAAGUUCACCAAAUUAACCAACAGAACUAGUCCUCCUGGUUUCUAA